AUGAUGCCAUCCAAAAGGGAAUUCAGAGCUCUAGUGAUUGAGAUGGUGUUGGCCACCGAUAUGUCCUGUCACUUCCAGCAAAUCAAAGCCAUGAAGAAUGCUUUGCAGCAGCCAGAAGGAAUUGACAAGCCGAAAGCCUUAUCACUGUUGUUGCAUACAGCAGAUAUCAGUCAUCCAGCCAAGGCCUGGGAUCUCCAUCAUCGCUGGACCAUGUCUCUGCUAGAGGAGUUCUUCAGACAGGGUGACAAAGAGGCAGAACUAGGGCUUCCCUUCUCUCCACUGUGUGAUCGCAAGUCUACUAUGGUUGCUCAGUCUCAAAUAGGUUUCAUUGAUUUCAUUGUGGAACCCACUUUUACUGUGCUGACUGACAUGACCGAGAAGAUUGUGACACCACUCAUUGAUGAAGCUUCCCGCUCUGGCAUGUCCGGGUUCAGGCGUUCCAGUCUGAAUAGCAUUAGUCCCUCCGAAGUUAAAAGAUCAAGUGUCAAGAGCACUGGGUCGGAAGGAAGUGCCUCACUCAACUGCUCCAUACUCACUGUGGACUUCAAAUGUUUUAAAGCCACCUGGACUGAGGUGGUGCAGCAGAACCGGGAGAAAUGGAAAGCACAAGCCACCAAAGAAGAAAAAGCUAAGAAAGAAGCAGAGGAAAAUGCUCAUCAGGGAACAGAUGAAAAGAAAACAGAUGAAAAGGAUGAGAAGAAGCCAGCUGAAGAUGCCACAGCAGCAAAGACAGAGAACAGCAAAGAACCAAAUCCUGGGGAAAACAAAAGCACAGAUUCCAAGAAAAAUCAUGUAAAUGGGACUCGGCAAACUGGGGUGAACAAACACGAAGCCUCUCAAGGGGAAAACGCACCUAGGACAGAUAAGGGAACAGACUGUCAUCAUGCAGUUGGAGAAGAGAAACAGCAUGUCCAGAACGGUGAAUUAAAGGAAGACAAUAAGUUGGACAAAAAAGAUCUGUCUAGUGUGGGGGAUGAAUCAAAGAAAACAGAUGGUCCAGCACAACGUUCAGCUGACUUACCAGGCUCAGGUUCCUCAGCAAACCACCUUACAUUGCCAGCCAUCAACCCUCAGCUGCGUCACCUCAGGAGGCCCACUAACAGCUCAGGAGACUAUUUCCCAGCCUUCCACAAGAAAUCAGAGGAACAUCCAGUGAGAUGUAAGCUGCUUGACCAGAGGGGAAGGAUGAAGAAGAUCCAACAUAUUUCCCAGAGCUGGAAUAGGAAAUAG